AUGAAUGCUAGCUAUGCAAAUGGUACUGCUGCUAAGUGCCGCCGCCGCUUUAAAGCUCUGGAACUCGAGCAGUAGUCCUCCCAGAAGGCCCAGAUCCGCCGCGAGAAAGCCCUGAUAUCCUUCUCGAAAUCCGUCUCCUGGUUGAACUUUCUCUUCAAGAACCCUAAAUCUUCGGAUGCAAUCAUGGUGCUGGUUGAUGAUCGGCAGGACAGUCUGGCGCCAAUGGAAAGCGUGAGAGUUGGACGGUGGUGGUGGGAGAUCUGCAGCUUCGAGGAUAUGAAAGAGAGGAUGGAAGCGUAUAUAACAGAAGGUCGCACUGAGGUUUUCACGAUGAUGAGCCAAGUUUGCAAGAAUAUAGAUGAAAGGAGAUUGAAGAUGAAGGCACAUUGUCCAGUCGUAACUGAUUUAGGUGUGAGAAAAGCGAUUAGAGUACUUAUGUGUUAUCAUCCGAUGUGGCGCAUUGGUUUGCAUAUUGUUUUUGGUGGUGAUUCCUUGUUGCUUGAAUGAUGAAGGGAAAUCAGAUCAGGAGGAUCUUUCUUAAAGAUGAUCAUAGAGAAGCAAUUCUUUGCACACAUGGGCAUUGCAAAAUCAUAUGCUUAUAAUAAGCGUGAGGGCCUUUAUAGGCCAGGUUACUUUGAAGCUCUGGGAAAUAUCAUUUUGAAGAGGCUUUUAUUGCUAAUUUCCCUUGACAAAGCUAAAUGCGAAAGCUUGCUUCCUUUAAAAUAUGGAAUUGAUGGUGUUGAGUGGUUCUCUUUAUUAUUUUGCCCUCAUUCUCAUAUAAAAUCGAGCCAUCAAGUUAUCCAUGAGUUCUUGUCAGAGGUAAUGCAUGGAGAAGGUAAUCUUCUUGCACACCUUGUUAUUCUGGGAUAUAAAGUAAACUAUCAAGCAGGACUGAAAUUCAUAAUCAAUCAUUUCUGCAGUUCGCUUUCUGAAUAUCACUUCAAUGUGAGAAAUCUAUUCAAAGAUCUGCAAGGAAUACUGCUUUGCAGAUCCAUUCAGCUCUUGCAAUGUGAUGCAUCAGUACUAUCGAAAGUGAUGGCUCCGGAUACUCGUAAAAAGAAUUUGCACAAUUGCAGUGUUGCCAUGCAGUAUCUUAAGCAGGGUGGGGUUCCAUUAUCUGAUGGAGAUGGAGUUCAGAUAGUAGCAGAAGAUAUUGUCAAUGGGGACAAAGAGCUAACUCUUUCCAUCCUUUGGAAUAUGUUUGUUCACUUGCAGGUUUUUUUGUAUUUUAUUUUUGUCAUACUAGUUACAUAUACUAUCAUUCCAUUUCUUGCUUCUGACUGGAUCAAGGUAAUUUGUGAGAAAUAUUGUGUCAGAGUCGAUAACUUCUCUUCGCUAAUUAAUGGGGAAGCUCUGUGCUGCCUGGUUGACUAUUAUUCUGGCAUUGACGUUCAAAGAUGUUCUUCUAAGGAUGAUCAGAAUGAAUGCAAUGAAGCACUAAUUAGGCGUGGGGAUACAGAUUCUAGUGUUGCUGUUCGCAACUUUGUUUUAGUGCAAAAGAUAACUGCAUUGCUGGGAAACAUUCCUGGGGUACUGCAGAUAGGUGACAUACUAGAUAAUGAUGCAUCUUAUGACGAGCGGAGUGUAAUAAUUCUUCUUGUAUUUCUUGCUUCUCAACUCAUUCACCGGAAAAAAUUGGAUCAACUAAGAUCAUACAGAUUUACAAGUUCAGAUUAUAAAACUCCAGAUAUUAAGCCUUCAGCAGUUUCUCGGCUGUCAAUUACCAUGGACGCUUUACAUACUAAAUUCAAGUCUCAGGGAGAAAAUUCGCUGAAAUUUGACUCUCCACUGAAAGAAGCAGCAUUGGAUAAAUACGAUGCUGAAGAAUGGGCUGCAAGAGUUAUUCAAUCUCACUUCAGGGGAAAUAUUGAACGAAACAAAUUCUUGAAGAUUAAAAUGGCAACAUCCUUUUUGCAAAAUGCUAUUCGGGCCUGGUUAUUUGUGACUUCAAAAAGUAGUUCAAACACAGUCAGUCUUGCUUGCUCUGUCCAGCAGCCAUCAUCUGGAACCCAUGACCGAUAUGUCAGGUUCAUAAUUGAAAGGCACCGGUUUCUGCAAAUAAAAAAAUCUGUGCUGCUUAUUCAACAAGCUGUAAGGGCUUGGAUUGCAGGAAGGCAUCAGAGAAAGUGUAGUGUAUUUUCAGAAAUCAUAAUUUUUUCAGACCAUGCAACAGCAGCCAUUGCUUUGCAGUCACAUAUUCGUGGUCAGAUUAUGAGGUCUAGAUAUGUUCAUUUACUUGCUCAGUUACAAGAAAAACAAGCUGUUUGCAGAUGGGAAUCUCUUGAGUCUCCGAGCUUGGCCGCUAUCAAGAUACAGAGGGCUUGGAAAAGAUUUACUACACGUAAUUGCUUUCUGGAACAAAGAUCUGCUGCAAUUAAAAUCCAGAGUAAUUGGCGUUGUUGGUACAUUAGGAUGAGCUUUUUAAACCAAGUUGGGGCAAUCGUAAAGAUCCAGGCAGGCAUUCGUUGCCUGUUAGGUCAUAAGGCAUUUAUACGAUAUAGACUUGCUGUUGUGGUAAUCCAACGAUUUUCAAGAGGGCACCUUGCUCGAAACAAGCUGUUAGGUGCUUCUUACCUUCGAUCUGGCAGGAUGCGUUGUGGAUUUUACUGCAAAAGCAAUGCCAAUCCAGGGAAGAAUAUUGAGCUGAAGAUAGUAAUACAGUCAAUUUUAAAAUUGCAGAGAUGGUGGAAACAUGUUUUAUUUCACAAAUCCCAAACAAUGUCUGCCAUCUUCAUUCAAUCUUUCAUUCGUGGACAGGGUGCUAGAAGGGUUGCUCAUAAACUGCAGCACAGCAUUUACAUGAUUCAAAGAUGGUGGAGAAAUAUUCUAUUUAUUAGAUCAAGGAAAAGGUCAGUGGUUCUUAUUCAAGCUUAUGUUCGUGGUUGGAUUGCUCGGCAAGCAGCAUGUCAAGAUAAGCAUCGCAUUGUAGUAAUCCAAUCCUAUUGUAAAGGUUACCUAGCACGGAAAAAUUCAAGGCAACAAAUAGUAGAGCUGCGAUACAGGAUAAAAAAGUCUGCUGCAAAUGUGGAUAAUGAUAUGCGAUUAAUCAACAGACUAGUUUCUGCACUUUCGGAACUCCUUGGUUGUAGAAGCGUUAGUAACAUUCGACAUACCUGUGCUACACUGAAUAUGGCUACAGAGGUUUCGCAGAUAUGUUGUGAAACACUGGUGUCUGCUGGUGCAGUUAACAUUUUACUAAAGCAAAUCCACUCGCUCAAUCGUGGGGUCCCUGAUCAGGAAGUCUUGAAGCACAUACUCUGUACUCUGAGAAAUAUCAUUCGUUAUCCACAACUGCUUCAUGUGUUGAUCAAUACUCCUCAAUCAGUGGAAAUAAUCUUCCAGGAGCUGCUAAGGAACAAAAGUGAAGGGUUUUUUAUUGCAGCUGAGCUUCUGAAGAAAAUGUGUUCAAUACAAGAAGGCCUUGCUGCAGUUCACAAUUUACAGGGUCAUUUAAGGAGAUUAAACUUUCUUGCUCAGGAUCUUGAAAGGAAGACAGAGCUGCAGAAGAGGAAUGCUCGCCUGCGUGCUGAAAGGGACAUUACCAUGCGAAGGUUUAGAGAAACUGUCAACCUAUUACUUCUAGUUGCAGAUGAUAAUCAGUGACAAAAUUUGAGGCUUUUUAAUUGCCAUUUUGUGGAGAUUCCGUCCUGAUUAAUUUCAGGCUUCUAAAUGCUAUACAUGAACAGCCAUGUACAUGAUAAAUGGUACUAAUCUUAAGUGCCAAACAAUGUAGUACACUAAGCUGUUGGUAUCUGUAUAUGGUGUUGAUGCUUAAAAAUGAAGCCUUUCAUAUUAUCAUUGAUAAGCCAUCAUUGGUUGGAUUGUGAUUUUGUAUACACUUGAUGGAAAAAAGCAGGCAAGGCAAUAUGAUUGUUGGAUUCCAGCAGUACUCUAAAAUCUUUGACAUGGCUCGAGUUUAUACAAGUUGAACGAAUACAACGUAGUCACCAAGCUUGUGGUAAGCCAUGUUGGUUUUGUAAGUUUCAUCAGUAAGAAGGAUGACAAUUCGUUUAAUGAGAUCUGGAGCACCUCAUGGAUCAUCUCCCUCUUUCACAUAAAGUCCUCUAGCUCAUGUCGUCUGGAGAGUUCUUUUGAGGGCGACAUGUUUGGCUAAUCUUGUACCGCACGCAAUAUAUAGCCAAGCAACAAGAGUUCCUCUCACAGAGUAAUAACAAUCUUACAUGCCAGCAAUUUAUUUUGUGAAUUCAUUGGAGCCUUUGAUCAUCUAUGUGCCUGCAGUUUGUUGAGUCACCCAAGUUAUUGAUCACUGGCGUGGAGAGGUGUACUGAACUGAUGCUACUUACAUACUGUUAAUGUGGCUCGCUUCAAAUUGACAUCUUGUAUGAUUGUGCUGAAACGACUAUUCAGUUUUCAAAAUGAAAUGACAGCACUGCAAGUAGUGUCAUAGCCAUAA